GAUGUGGCGCUUUCUCGCCGAGGGGGACGCAUCAAGUGUGUGGAAUUAAAACUAAGGGCAGACGACACUCUAGCAGACAAUAAUAGGAGUCUCAUAAUGAUUUUUAGGUGCGUUUUUAGAGAUCUCAGCUUAGCAUCGUCGACCGGUAUGUCUCUACCUUGCUAUAUUAUCUUCAUCUGACAUUCAAAUCACCUGCAGUGUCGUGGGAUGUGUUUAGGAAGGAGAGGGUUAGAACUACGAUGAGCGUGAUGACAUUCUCGAAUCUGUAUUAGGGGUAAUGAAAAUGCUUGCUCUUCCUGGCAUUACUCGCCGACAAUUUGUAGGGAUCAAUUUUGUGAAUCAAGUCCACUUUCGCCGCGGCAUCAAUUUCAACCUUUACUCGAUUCCAGCAUUCCAAGCCUUCCCCGUUACUUUGGGAUAAGAACUUAAAAUCAAGAUUGGCCGACCAGAUUCACAAUGGCAUGCAGCGCGUCAUCAGCGACCACGGGAAACGAUGAACUUGACGUCUCGAUCACGGAGGCGAUCAUUCAAGCCCAUUCUAUGUACGACGAACUCUAUAACACCCGGCAGCUCGAGAAGGUGGUCGAUUGCAUCUAUGCCGAGGAUUGUUGCGUCAUGAUGGAAGGGCGUGAUGUCAUCAGGGGAAGGAAAGCUUUACUUGAGCUUCUCUGUGGCUUUUCAAAGGACCCAAGUCACCAUAGGGUUGAAAGCACAGCGAUGGAGAUUCGUGAGAUCACAGCACCGGGACAGAGAAUUUACGAGCUGGGUCGCUAUUCAUUUUUCGACAUCCCAAACACGGGACGCGCCGACGGCAGACACGUGAUCGUCUGGACUCGAAUUGGCGGGAAAUACCUGAUCACUUUGCAAAGUAUAAACCCGAUUACAUGAGGGUGAUCGUAUGCAGGUGUUUUCUACAUCGCAACAGCAUUUAAACUCUAAACAGAGUGAAAACAAAAAAGCUAUAAGAGCAGACUUUUCUUGUGAAGAAGUGAGCCUAGAUUGUUUAGAUAUUGCACUAGAAAUUAUUUUUCUUCUAUUUUCUAAGUACCUUUGAGGCACGGGACACUUACAUUUUUUUCUCCGAAUGUGGUGCACGAUUCUCAUUAAACAGGAACAAUUAUGAAUGAAGAGAUCAAAUAGAUAGAGUAUAGCAAGCUGAUAUUUACUAACAAACACAAGCCCAUCGUCGUACGAUUGUGACUCCUUCGGUUGCAGUGCAAUAACUAUUUUGUCACCGUUUCUUCUGUGACAAGUUAGAACCGCUAAAGCCCGCGUGUCAUCCUUUAUUCAAAGUAAAAUGCCUUGCUCAAGGGUAGGAGUGCUGUGUCAGGAAUCGAAUCCCAGAUUUCUAUGUCAUGAACGUUGAACACGAUAUCGUCCUAUCGAUAGUCAUAACCAAUAUGUGACUACAUUUAAUUCUUAUGAGGCUAAUAAUGUUAACUCGAAAAGAUCAUUUUUCUGAAAUCAUGAAUGUACCAAUAACUUCAUCUUGACAAUGAGAAUAACUUUAUUCAGAAUGGAUGGGUGUUGACCAAGCUGUCCUUAAGUUAGCAGUGCCUUCAUCACGAGCGACUGUUGAUCCCUUUUCUUGUGGUAAAACUAAAUGAUAUACACCAGGGGCCUAGCUGUUGCAUAAAACUUUUGCCAAAAAAAUCUGGCAAAUAAACAAAAACUCUGGCAAAUACAUUAUGCCACGCCACUACACAUUAAAAAAAUCUAGUCAGAAAUAGCUAUGUUCUAGUAAAAUACGACUGGAAAAUAGUCAAAUAUGAUUAGGAUAACAGUUGCACCCAGCUGACCCUAUUAACUAGUCAUUUUUGACUGAUUUGUUUUUACUUGUCAGAGUGUAUACUCCAGGGCACGGGGUAACCAUGGAGAGGGCCAUCAGGAAUCUCGCUAUCGAAACGUAAUUCAUCGAGCUCUACUCUGAAAAGUAAUUAUAAUUACCAAUGUAUAUCACCCCUUGAAUAAUGCAAUGAUUUAUUAUAGAUUGUAACCAUUAAUCGUCGAUGUCAUCAUCAUCAUCAUCAUGAUCGCCAUCGUCAUCAUCAUCAUAAUCAUCAUCACCACCACCACCACCAUCAUCAUCAUCAUAAUCAUUCACCGUUAUCAUUAAUAUUAUCAUUAUUGUUAAUAUUAUUCUUUUUUAUGCUUGUUACCAUUGCAAUAUUCUUUUUUUCUGAGAGAAUCAUUUUCAUUACAAUAUUGGAAAUUAGAAUUAUCAUAUUAGUACACAGUUUGCACUUUGACAUUAUAUCCCAACAAUUUUAUCUAAUCAAAGUCCUGGAUGUUGUGAAUGAUGAAGUUUAAUUUUGACGGAUUGGAUGGUGUUAUUUUUUAUUGCAAUUUUCAACUGACUCAGCUUCACUGCUCAUAUUCUCUCCCGGUAUUUCCUGCAAUAAAAGUUAUAUAACACAGAGAUAUUAUUAUAAAAUAUUAAAGGGCUUUUUCUAUGAUAGAAAUUAUUUCUAAUGAGAUUGAAAUGUGUAUUGAUAUACACUCUAAAAAAUGAAGUGCUAAUUUAGCAAUUAAUGUCCUUGUAUAGUCAUAGUGACUGCAUGCACUGAGUCAAAGUUCAAAUUUGAACUAGAAAAUCAGCGCUCACGGUGCAGUCACUAUACAAGGACAUUAAGUGCUAUAUAAGCACUUCAUUUUUUUAAGUGUAGAAAAUAAUGCAUUAAUUUUACCGAACACAACUAGAAUGCUCUAAUAAUGUGUGUUUUUUCAAGCAUCUCAGAUAAUGCACACCUUCAUGGCCGGGGGCAGGUUUGCAUCCCUUCCUCACUCGAUACUACAUUAUGUGCACCCCAAUCAUGACAGUGCCCUGAUCAGUGUUUCGGCAAAGAUCUGCAUUCAUACUAUCAAAUUAUACGACAAUGCUGGAAUAAUGGAAAUUUUGAAAUUCGAUACUACCCACAUCGCUUAAGAGUUGAAAUGGUGAUUACGUGUGAUAAUGCAAAUGAAUAUGAGAAAGAAAUGGGAAUGAAUAACAUUUUUUUUUCUUCAAAUACUUGAGUUGAAUAUAUAACAGCAGUUUACUUUAUAUAGCAUUUGUGAUCGCUAAUGAAAAUGUGUAUCAACUCGUUAUUACUGAAUAAAGAACGCAAUACAAAAACCUCUGA